CUACCUCUGAGGUAAAAAAGUUUUAAUGAAAUUUUAAUGAAUGUAUAACAAACAAAUGAGUGUUUUAUUUUCAUGUUGCUGAAAAAUUUGGAAAGCGAAAAUAAUUAAAUCACUGGUAGUAGAAUAUAAACAGUCAAUGAAGUAAACAGAACAGUCUUUUAAGUACAGAAAGUGCAACGUGCCGUCACGAAGAACGCGAAGAAUACUUGUUCACGUAUUUACUUCUUGUAGCUUGUAGCUCGUAGCCAUCAUAGCUCUUGAGAGCCCUAAGAAAUAAUUAACGGACAAAGAACUUUGAUGCGGUAAAUUGCUGUGAAAGAUCAGCGUCCUAUCUUUAAGAGCCGCGAUAAGGAUUCGCAUGGCAAUGAGCUGACUUGGAAGAAAGUGAACCGCCACACUCAAGGGGGAGAUCGGACGACGGACGCAAGAGAUUAGGUUAGCGUGCUGGUCAGCUGAUCCAGUGACCGAGCGGUAGUGUAGCCGACACGACGAUUCGUCCUCUGGCAGUUAUUUUUCGGAGGUCAACAGGGGUUCACUGUUGACUCUAAAAGAGAAGGAAAGAAGGCUGCAUCCGUUCAAGUCGUGAUGUGAUAAGCGAGUCUGCAAGCGAGAUAAUCGUUGUGCAAUUAUAUAAUUGUGUACAAUUAAUAUAUUUAUUAUGCGUUUGAUAAUCUGUGAUAACGUGGACGACGUCGCAGAAUGGUCUGCGAAGUAUGUUUUAAAGAGAAUCAAUGAUUUCAAUCCCAAUGAGAACAAGUAUUUUGUUCUCGGUCUCCCUACAGGAGGGACGCCAUUGGGAAUGUACAAAAAGCUCAUAGAAUAUUAUAAACAAGGCAAAAUUUCCUUCAAGUAUGUUAAGACGUUCAAUAUGGACGAAUACGUCGACUUACCAAGGGAUCAUCCAGAGUCUUAUCACUAUUACAUGUACAAUAAUUUUUUUAAAUACAUAGAUAUUGAUCCGAAAAAUGUGCAUAUACUUGACGGAAAUGCAACGGAUCUAAAAAAAGAAUGCGAUAAUUUCGAGAAAAUGAUUAAAGAGGCUGGUGGAAUAGAAUUAUUCAUUGGAGGUAUCGGUCCGGACGGACAUAUAGCUUUCAAUGAGCCAGGUUCGUCGUUAGCUUCUCGCACAAGAGUGAAAACUCUCGCGCAAGAUACUUUGGAAGCCAACGCGAGAUUUUUCGGAAAUGAUAUUAACAAGGUGCCAAAACAAGCGUUAACUGUAGGCGUCGGUACAGUGAUGGACGCUAAAGAAGUAAUGAUUCUUAUUACCGGAUCUCACAAAGCUUUCGCCCUUUACAAAGCCAUAGAGGAAGGCAUUAACCAUAUGUGGACAGUGUCCGCGUUUCAACAACAUCCUCACACGCUCAUAAUCUGUGAUGAAGACGCAACUUUGGAGUUACGCGUAAAAACAGUUAAAUACUUCAAGGCACUCAGUGACGUACAUCGCAAAUUGAUUGAGGAAGAUGGAAAUGCAAUCCCCCGCCGUACAAUGCAAAACAGUUAAAGCGAACUUAUGGGAUAUUCAUAGCAAAUUGAUUGAACAAGACGGCCGACCAAAUUAAAGAUUUUACUAUCAUUGACAGUUUAUGAAAGUUGUAACAGAUUUACAAGGAAAAGAGAAGGGCAGAAAUAAUCGGAAGUUUUAGCGUCCAAAGCUAUAAAUAAAGUGUUUAAGUAUCAGAAGUCAUAUUAUACAAUAUACAUAUAUAUAUGUA